AUGGACAGCCCCAGCGAAAGCACACGCGUCGUGCCAAUUCUCAAGAGAGAUACGUCGAAUGAGCCAGAGACUCCAGAACCUGAACACAUUCUCACCAAGACAUCACGGCGUCGACAUGCAACCGUCUAUGACGCUGUAGCAGGCAAAGUCUCAUACGAACAGGGCCCAGGGACAGAACCAGAAGAGCCUCAGUACACCCCUCGCCACCCCAAGGCCAUCAGAUACUCCACCAAAGACACUCCCCUGGCACCCGACGAGGUCCUGUUCCGCCGUAAGGACGCCCCAGAGCGCUACUUGGAGAACGACAUCUACUACGCCCACGAGAGGCGCCUCCCUCGCGGUGGCCAGGGCGUUCUUCCAGAGAGCGAUCUCCUCAAGGCCAUCCAUGGCUAUGCGAGUGCCUUUUACGGCACAAAGGACGGCGGUCGCAACGGCGGCCCGGAUGAGCGGAGCAUGGACGAGACAGCGCUCAUUGCGUUUGGGAUCCUGCUCGAGGAGGCUGGCAGGGAAGUCCUCGGCCGCCGUGGCGAUCUAGUCUUCACCGAGGGCCAGGACGACGACGGAGAAGAAACGGCGCGCCAGGAUGCCCGCAUUGUCGGGCACGAUGACGUCGAGCUGCGGAGAGGUCCCAAGCGGAGAAAGGUCGAUGCCGAUGACGAGUGA